AAAUUGUUUCGAGCGCCAUUCUGUGCAGAAAAGCAAACUGUAACAGGUGGAGGUAGUGUUUUGACCAAUCAGUUCUAGAGGCUCGAGCAGAGGGGUAUAAAUUUGAGGCGGUUUCCUUAGAAACGUCUGCCACUGGAGAGUUGAACGCAAGAGCCCGAGAUAUCUGACAAGGAAUACGUGUGAUGAACAGGAAGUUGCAGCAAAGCAUCCUCCAGACAUUUUCCUCCCCCCAUGGGCUCUGGACAACACAAUGUCUGAUGUGAAAGUCUGUCCCACUGUGAGUGGAAAUCCUCCUCCACCAGAGGUCAUAAAUCCCAAAAAGCCUGGACGUGUAACCAAUCAGCUACAGUAUCUGGAGAAGGUCGUGAUCAAAGCUUUAUGGAGGCAUCAGUUCUCAUGGCCUUUUCGCCAGCCAGUUGAUGCAGUGGCACUGCGUCUCCCAGAUUAUUAUACAAUUAUUACAAAUCCUAUGGAUCUGAGCACUAUUAACAAGCGUCUUCAAAACAAAUACUACUGGCAAGCAUUUGAGUGUAUACAAGACUUCAACACCAUGUUCACCAACUGCUACAUGUACAAUCGGCCUGGAGAUGAUAUUGUUUUUAUGGCACAGACCCUGGAGAAGGUGUUUUUGCAGAAAGUGUCCCAAAUGCCUAAGGAAGAGUGUGAAAUUGCAUCACUCACUGCAAAGGAAGCUGUGAAAGGGCGAAAGAUGAAUGCAGCAAUAAAGCAGAGACCCAUGAUGUCAGAAGUUGUUCUCCAGCAGACAGUGACUGUCAUUCCAACCGAUGUGCCUCAGUUCAUCCCACCCAUUCAUCUGUCUGCACAAAUUGAUGCAACAAUUAAAAAAGGCUUUAAGAGGAAAGCAGACCCUGCACCGUCCACCACAUCAGUGACGACCAACAGCGAGGUAUCCGCUGCGGGGAACUGUUCAGCACCUUGUACAUUAUUCUCCAGAAGAGGCAGUGGAAGGCCCAUCAGACCUCCUAAGAAAGAUUUGCCUACCUUUGAGGGAAAGAAAGUCAGACUGUCUGAGCAGCUCAGGUACUGCAAUGACAUCCUGAAGGAAAUGCUCUCGAAGAGACACUAUGCGUAUGCAUGGCCCUUUUAUGCCCCUGUUGAUGCGGUUGCUUUGGGCUUGCAUGACUACCAUGACAUCAUCAAACAGCCUAUGGACCUGAGCACCAUCAGGAAUAAGAUGGAUGAACGAGAGUAUGGAAAUGCAAAGCAGUUUGCUGCUGAUGUCCGACUGAUGUUCUCCAAUUGUUACAAAUACAAUCCACCUUCACAUGAAGUGGUCUACAUGGCAAGAAAACUGCAGGAAGUCUUUGAGGCCCGAUAUCUGAAGGUUCCCCAAGAGACAGAGGGAUGUUCCACACCUCAUCAGCGGGCUGACAAGGGAAAAGGAGACAGAGUUGGAAGUCUGUCGACCUCAGCAAGUUCUGAAAGCGAAAGCUCCACAGAGACGGAGAGUUCUUCGGAAGAGGUGGCCACACAGCUGGCCAAUCUGAAAGAGCGGUUGAAAGCGGUCAGUGAUCAGCUGAACAGACUUACGAAGGUGCCUCUCAUAAAACCAAAGAAGAAAGACAAGCUGAAAAAGGAAAAAAGAUCCAAAGAAAAGGACAUUGCUGCACUAAAGCACAAAUCCUUGAAAUACAAAGCUAUGGUAGAAAAAAUGGCCACCAACAAGAGCUCCACUGUGCAUGGUAACAAACACAAUAUUCAGUGUGCCUUACCUUUGAAAUGUGAGGAUGGGGCCCCGGUGUUUCCAGUGACUUACCAGGAGAAGAAGCAGUUGAAAUUGGACAUUGACAAGCUACCUGGUGACAAACUUGGCAAGUUGGUGAAAAUCAUUCAUGCCAGGGAGGCCUGUCUGCGAGGUUCCUCUCUAGAGGAGAUUGAGGUUGACUUUGAAAUGCUCAAGCCUUCCACACUGCGAGCCCUACAGAGAUUUGUUGCAACAUGUCUGAAGAAAUGCAACAAGAACAACAGUACAGAAAAAAAGCGGAUGCCCACAGGAGGAAUUCAGACUGGGAAACUAAAAGAUGCUGAGAAAUCUGUGGUUGCCAGUAAAGAGCAGCACCUGAUUAAGAAAAAAAAGUCAGUAGCAGAAAAAGUCAUGACGUCUCCCGACUUCAACUACCCUUCAUGCGUCAGUGAUAGCAGUAGCAGCAGCAGCUCAUCAUCCAGCUCUGACAGCAGCAGCACCACCAUUAGUAGUCAUUCUAGCACUUCUGAUAGCACUGACUCUGAAUCAGUGCCAAAAUCAAAGAAGCAGAAAAGUAAAGACCCUGGCAAAAAGGUUAAGACAAAGUCAAAGGUGACUCAUGCUGCCUGUAGUAAGCAGAUAUCGGAGACUAAAGAUUUGACAAAAUCUUCGGUCAAGGAUUGUCAGCCUCUUCUUGCUGUGCAGUCCUCAGUAGCAGAAACCAAAGCCCAGCCAACGCACAACAAUGCAGACCAGACGUGUGACAAUCUGACUUUAUCACCUCCAGAUUUGUCUGCCCUUUUGUCCCCCAUGGCAUCUCCGGCAGUUUUGCUAGACUGGACUGCUGCCAGAUUUGAGCAAGGCCCGGUGUUGUCCCCUUUGAGAGACAGCCCUCUGCAAUCCAAAGAGGAGACAAGUUUCAGAUACCCUGAGACGUUUCCUGAAAGUCAGGUGACUAAAGUGCCUUACGCCAGCACAGAAAGUAAAUCUGCUGAAGAGGAAAAAUCCCAAAAUCCCAAAAAGGACAUUAUUCUGAAAAAUGCUGAGUCUUGGGCAAGACUGGCGAGGCAGUCGGUCACUCCAACUGCAAUCAAGUCCUCAAAGGAAAGCUUCCAGCAGUUUCGUAAGGCUGCCAUAGAAAAGGAAGAACGAGAAAAGGCACUGAAGAAGAAAGAGGUGGAAGGGACCAAGGAGAGGGAGGUUCCUGAAAAGAGCAGAUAUUCUCCUAGCUCACCAGGCCGAUGUAAAGCAGACCCAGAAACCCCACAACCUGUUAAAGAGGAUACUGAUUCAUCAGUGGCCACCUUAGAUAUUCCUAAAGAUGCUGAGCAGCAGAUUCCAGAGUCUCCCAUAGAAACACAGCUUCUGACCACACAGUCCUCAGUGGACAGAGAAAGAGAGGCGGCACGCAAAAAGGAGCAAGAACGUCGCAGGCGAGAGGCCAUGUCUGGUAUUGACAUGACUAUGCAGCGAGACAUCAUGACUACAUUUGAGCUUAACCUGGACUAAAAAGCAACUCGACAACAUCGCCCCUCUGUGCUGGACCUCUGCAUGUCGAGAAUAAUUCGAGCCGUUGGUUUUUUUUCUUGGGCAUAAAAGACGACGUCAACCUUGUGUAUGUUCUUCAGACUUAUAAAUAAAUUGUUAAUUGUGAAAAAAAACAUAAAUAAAAUAUUAAUGGGUCUUGCCCUUAAUUUGCAUUUGAAA